GAUAGGCAGAGGCUGAAAACAGAUGGGAAAAGGUGACUGAUACCAUUGUCUCUAUCUGCCUGCCUGCCUGUCUGUCUUGCCGGCCGGAUAUAAUCGUGAGGGCGAGAUGCAGGAGACUGCAGGUGUCCUGACAGUGCGGGCCCUGAAACACGCAGCCCUCUGUCUGGUUUUUCUGCCCCGAUUCCUCCUGGCAGCGCUGAUGCUGUGGCUCCUGGACUUCCUGUGCAUCAGGAGGAAGGUGCUGCUGAAGAUGAGGGAGCAGGGCAGCAGCCGCGAUGACCCGCCCGUUUGCGUCUCCGACUCCAACAAGAUGUUCACCCUGGAGUCGCUCAGAGCCGUGUGGUAUGGACAAAAAUUAGACUUUUUCAAAUCAGCGCACCUUGGAUGUAUCGCGCCCAACACAGAGGUGGUGCAGCUGAAGGACCGGCGCAGGGUCAGAGUCCUGGACUAUGCGAAAGGGAGGAGACCUCUCAUCCUCAACUUCGGUAGUUGCUCCUGACCACCGUUUAUGACGCGCUUGGCCGCGUUUCAGCGCGUCGCGAGCCAGUACGCGGACAUCGCUGACUCUCUGCUUGUAUACAUCGAGGAGGCGCAUCCCUCUGACGGCUGGGUGAGCUCCGAUGCGCCGUACCAGAUACCCAAGCACUGUUGUCUAGAAGACAGACUGAAAGCCGCUCAGCUGAUGCACUCUGAGGUGCCCGGCAGCAACGUGGUGGUGGAUAAUAUGGACAACUCGUCUAACGCGGCGUAUGGAGCCUAUUUUGAGAGACUUUAUAUCCUGAGGGAUGAGCGGGUCGUGUAUCAGGGGGCCAGAGGACCAGAGGGCUACCGGAUAUCAGAGUUGAGGAACUGGCUCGCGCAAUACCGGAACGAUUUGGAGAAUUCCAGAACAGUGGUGGUCCACGUUUAACUUAAAGAUAACCAUUACCUGCGGCGCGUAAAGUGUCCACACAUCAAAUAAGUAUUCAGAUGCUGCUACAAACUCUUGACACACUGCACAUAUGCCUCUACAUGUUGUUUUGGUUCAGAAGCGUUAUAACAGGACGCAGACAGACAUUUGACAUGUUUAUUAUGAUGUAAAAGGCAUGAUAGGCUUUGCAGUUCUGCUGUCUUGUUCCUCAUUUUUUGUUUGGUUCUUUGUUUUUGUAAGGAUAUGUCCUGUUGAUUUGAACCUCUGCAACAUUUUGACUCAUUUCAGUUUGAGCAUCAUUUGAUUAUGAUCACUUUAUUUUUCUAUGGCUCUACCUUGAAAGUGUGUGUGUGUGUGUGUGUGUGUGUGUGUGUGUGUGUGUGUGUGUGUGUGUGUGUGUGUGUGUGUGUGUGUCUGAAAGGCUAAUACCUUUUACUCUAGUGUUGUUGUGAAGUUCAGUUUUGAAAGGGUUUUAAACCAGGAAACUGAUACUGAUGUUAUUUGAUACUAGAGUACUUGGCGACUAGCAAUGUCCUCAACAAAAUGUUCUGUAAAUUGUGUAUAUUUUACUGAACAAAUAUUUGUAAUAAAAUGUUAGAACACAUUGAU